GCGGUAAUUUCCAGACAAGGACGUGCCCCAUUCAGUCUGGAAACGGAGACAAUGGCCCCCGCCACAUUUUGCACCAGUGUACCCUCUUUUUGAUUUUGUGCAGUUGCUGCACCACUUCGCUCUCUCUCUCUCUCCCUCCACCUGCUCCAAUUUCUUCACCGACUCCUCACUUUGCUUGCUUGAGCCUCAGACACUGCCAUUAUAGCAAAGCAUUCGGUAUUUGAAGCAAGCACAAAUGCCGGAGUCCUCCACGAGGGACGCCUCGCCGCCUCGGCACAGGCGUUGCACGAGUGCUCCCGGUAGUUAUUUGCGGCGGGGAUCUCCGCGACUGAUGAAAAGGUGGCAACUUGACAAAGAUAGCAUGGGCAGCAAGGGAAAAGAAUCCCUCAACAAUGAGCGAAAUUCACUAAAUCAAGAGAUUUUAAUGCUUGAGAAACGACUGCAUGACCAAUUUUACUUGCGUUGGGCCCUGGAAAAUGCACUUGGCUAUAGAAGUACAUCCUUGCCUGAUAAAGAUGUUUCUCCAUUACCAAAGGCAGCUACUGAACUCAUCAAGGAGAUUGCUGUGCUGGAGGUUGAAGUUCUUCAUUUGGAGCGCUAUGUACUUUCUUUGUAUCGAAUGGCCUUUGAUCGUUGUUCAAAUAAUUUUUCUUCAGCUGACAUGAACCAAUGUUCCACUUUGCCUUUGACUUGUCACGAAAAGUCUGUACAUCAAGAUAAUGAGGUCAUAGAACGGCAGGAUGAUUUUCAUGUCCCAUCCAGUACAAUGUCUGUUCCCAAUUAUUCCCACAGUUCAACAAAUAGUUGUCAUAGUAUUGGAAGUCCAAGGCAGAUAGAUUCCAUGAUACAGCAGAACAAAGUUUCUCUUUCACGGUCUGUUUCUGAUCAUGAUAAGUGGAAUUCACCAUCAAGGCAAGACUAUGAGCACUUGGAUGGUUGUCAUUCGAGGCCCAGAUCAUUGGCAAAGAAUAUGAAAAAUUCUUCGCGCACCACUUCUCUGGCUGAUCAUCUUGGGACAUCCAUUGCCGAUCAUGUGACUGAGACUCCUAACAGGCUCUCUGAAGAUAUACUCAGAUGCAUGUCUGCAAUCUACUGCAAACUUGCGAAUCCCCAUUUACCACAAGCAGGAUUGACAUCUUCACCAACAUCAUCAUUGUCCUCUGGAAGCACAUUCUCUCCACAGGAUCAGCAUGAUAAUUGGAGUCCUAGGUGCAAUGCUGAAGCUGCCACUAAUCCUUAUCGUACCAGUGAGUUGGGAGAAAAUAAUGGACCGUAUAGUGCAAUGGUGGUAGUGCCAUGGAUACAUGUAGAUAGUGACAGGUUAAGCUAUGCAGCACAGAUACUGCAAAAAUUUAGAUCUCUUGUGCAGCGUCUCGAAAAGGUUGACCCAAGAAAGAUGAAACAUGAAGAGAAACUUGCGUUUUGGAUAAAUAUACAUAAUGCUUUGGUGAUGCAUGCAUAUUUAGCGUAUGGAAUUCCAACAAACCAUUCAAAGAGGGAACCUUUGAUUGUAAAGGCAGCAUAUAAUGUUGGAGGACAAAGCAUAAAUGCUUGUUUAAUACAAACUUCCAUUUUGGGAUGCAUUCGCCAAACUUCAGCAUCGUGGUUGCAAACCCUACUGUCUCCAGGAUCAAAAUCUAGGUCUGGCAAUGAUCAACAUGCAUAUGCCAUUGAGCACCCAGAGCCACUACUGCAUUUUGCACUUAGUUUGGGUGGACAUUCUGAUCCUGCGGUGCGUAUCUACACACCCAAAAGGAUAUCUAAAGAGCUUGAGACUGCAAAAGAAGAGUACAUUCAAUCAAAUAUAUUCAUGCGCAAGGAAACAAGAAUCAUUCUGCCAAAAAUUAUUGAUUAUUAUGCCAGGGAUGCUGCUUUGAAUUUGUCAGGCCUUAUGAAUGUUAUCCAUGACUGUCUAUCUGGAGCACAACGGAAAGCACUACAAAAGUGUACUGAUGGCAAGCCUCCUAAAAAUGUCGUACAGUUUUUGCCAUAUAAUUCUGUAUUUCACUAUAUAAUUCAUAGAGAACUUGCUAAGCUAUGAGGUGGAGGUUUUGAUGGCGUCGUUCUUGUAUAACAUUUUAAGAAACAUGAUGUGCUUGAUCUGCUACCACCUUCAUCUGAGCAACAGACAAUGCCCAACAGGGCAGGCAUUUGUAAGGAGCGGCAACUGCCAAUCGUCUUUGUCUUGAGCGUGAUCCAUCUGGGAGUUCGUUGAUGUUUGUGGGGUUGAUGACGGAAAUGCUCUGCCUCCUCCUGCACGGUUACUUGACUGAAGUGUUUUUGGCCUAUCCAAUUCAAUUUUUUCUUUUCAUGGGUCAUGUGAAUAUGUAUUUUAUGUACAUUAUAUUGAUUAGCCAUGUUUUUUUAUUUGAAACUUCUUAUGUGAA